CUUAUAACAAAAAAUCCAUUACCAAAUCAUGACAAAACCUCAUGUCCUAGUAAUACCUGUUCCCGCACAAGGCCACGUAAUUCCCAUAAUGGAGCUUGCUCGACGCUUAGCCAGGAAUGGUGUCAAAGUCACUUUUGUAAACACAGAGAUCAUUCACAAGGUCGUGACUAACAAUUUGCUGUUAGAGAAAGAUGAUUAUGAGGAUCUAAUUCAUAUGGUUUCAAUCCCUGAUGGUUUAGAACCAUGUGAUGAUAGGAGUGACCUUAUUAAGUUGACCAAAUCCAUACUAGAAUCCAUGCCUGAUAAGUUAGAAGAACUCGUAGAGAAGAUCAACAAACAAGAUUGUAACAAAGUCACAUGUAUCGUUGCUGAUGGUUUCAUGGGAUGGGCAUUAAGAGUUGCAAAGAAGAUGGGAAUCAGAACUGCAGCUUUCUGGCCUGCCGCAUUAACUUCACUAGCAAUCAAUAUUUGUUAUGAGAAAUUGAUCAAAGAUGGAAUCAUAAAUAACGAUGGCAUACCUCUAAAUGAUGAUAUGAUUCAGCUGUCAGAAACCAUGCCACCUAUACAACCAAAGAACCUCCCAUGGAUGUGUUUUGGGGACAUGGUCACCAAAGAACUUCUUUUUCAACAUGCAAUUUUAAUAGCAGAAGGUGUCAUGUUAGGAGAACGCGUAAUAUGCAACUCAAGUAUUGAGAUGGAGCCUGAAACGUUUAACCAAUUCCCACAACUGUUGCCUAUAGGUCCUUUGUUAGCAAGCAAUCGACUUGCUAACCAAACAGGCCACUUCUGGCAAGAAGACUCGACAUGCUUAGAAUGGCUCGAUCAACAAUCAGCAUGUUCAGUUUUGUAUAUAGCAUUUGGGAGCAUAGCCAAUUUGAACCAAACCCAAUUUACAGAACUAGCCCUUGGUCUUGAACUUAGCAACAAACCCUUCAUGUGGGUUGUGCGAACAAACAUGGUCAUAAGUUUCCCUGAUGGAUAUGUGGAAAGAGUAGGAUCUCGUGGAAAGAUUGUGAGUUGGGCUCCUCAACAGAAGGUGUUAGCUCAUCCUUCAGUAGCUUGCAUUAUGAGUCACUGUGGUUGGAACUCUACUAUAGAAGGUCUCACCAAUGGACUUCCUUUCCUUUGUUGGCCAUGCUUUGCUGAUCAAUUUCUCAAUCAAACUUAUAUUUGUGACGUGUGGAAGACUGGGUUGGGGUUUAGAAAAGAUGAACAAGGUGUCAUCACUAGAGGAGAAAUAAAAUGUAAGGUGGAGAAGCUCCUUGGAGACAGAUCAUUUAAAGAUAAAGCCUUAGAAAUUCAAGACAAGGUUACAAGUAGUGUUAGACCAGGUGGAAGCUCUCAUCAAAAUCUUCGCAAUUUCAUUGAGUGGAUACAUGGAAAAGAUGCAGAUGCUACCACCAGCAACGUCUCUAUGUGAAGAAUGUCUCAAACAUGAUUGAGUAUGUAUGUGUUAACUCUCUAUGUUUGGAAAAAGAAAAAUCAAACAUCCUCCUAACUUUUGUUUCUGAUUAUCUUUCUACUCGUUAGAUAAGUUAAGUAACAAAAUCAACAGAGGGAUUAGAAGAGAGAAUUAGUGCAUUUCCACAUAUCAUUAUUUUAAUUAUAUGAACAGAAAUAUGGGUAGGAACAAAAGGUAGGGAAAUCUUAAUUUCUCUUAGAAAUAAUAUCAUGUUUCAAAACAUAAAUUCUUAUUAUUUUAAGUUGGUAAAUAUAUGUCA